AUGAAUGACAGCAUUAAAGUCUGUGUGAGGAUUCGCCCUCUCAAUGAAAAGGAAAAGUCCCGAAAUUCUGUGUGCAUAUGGAAAACAGCCUCCAAUAAUACCAUUUAUCAUCAUCCGUUGAAUCCAUCCAUCAUCAAUUCAGGUAGUGGUGGUAGUGGUGGUAGUGGUCAUAACAAUAGCCUCUCUUCAUCUUCAUCCUCGGGCUCUCUUUCUUCGUUGAUACAGCACCAACAACAACAAAAUAACAACAACAGUAUCAACAGCAUCAACAGCAAUAACAAUACUAACAACUCCAAUAAUAAUAUGGACAUGAGCAAUAAUAAUAAUGGAGGUAGUGGUAGUAGUAGUAGUGGUAACGGUAUUCCAACCAGUUAUACCUUUGAUCAUGUCUACGAUCAACAAAGCUCUACGGAAUUGAUCUAUUCCGAUAUGUGCAAACAUAUUGUAAUGGCAUCGGUGCGAGGCUAUAAUGGAACGAUAUUUGCUUAUGGACAGACAUCCUCAGGAAAGACGUUUACAAUGAAAGGUUCCAAAGAAGCUGAAGGAAUAAUUCCUCUCGCAAUUCGAGAUGUUUUUACAACCAUUUCACAAACACCAGAUCGAGCUUUUCAAAUACGAGUUUCUUAUCUUGAAAUUUAUAAUGAAAUUAUCAAUGAUUUGUUAGACACAGAGAACAAAAAGUUGAAGAUUAGAGAAGAUCUCUCAAAAGGAGUUUACGUAGAGGGAGCAAAAGAAGAAGAAGUUUCAGAUGUUCAACAAGUACUUCGAUUAAUGGAACGAGGUGAACACAAUCGACAUUUUGGAGCGACAAAUAUGAAUGAGAGAAGUAGUCGAUCUCACACUAUUUUCAGAAUUACCAUUGAAUCGAUGGAUGUAGAAAUUGCAAAACGAGUCAUGGAAGAUGAUGAAAAUUUAGACAUGUCUUCAGACUCUGAUUCUCACACACGAGUUUUGUACAGUACACUCAAUUUGGUAGAUUUGGCAGGAUCUGAACGAGUUUCAAACACACUUGCUGAGGGUCAGAGAUUGAAAGAAGGAGCUGCCAUUAAUAAGAGUCUGUUCACACUUGGUAAAGUCAUUUCAAAAUUGAGUGAAGGAAAUUCUACUCACAUUCCCUACAGAGAUUCGAAAUUGACAAGAAUUCUUCAGAGUGCACUCGGAGGAAACUCGAAAACGGUCAUUAUUUGUACAGUCACGCCUGCUCUGCAGUAUUUUGAAGAAACUCAAUCCACUCUUAGUUUUGCGAAUCGAGCGAAAAGUAUUCAAAAUAGUGUCACCAUUAAUGAAAUACUAGGUGAUAAGGCACUUUUGAAAAAGCUCAAAAAAGAAAAUGCAGAAUUGAAAACACAACUUUUGACCGAAGUCACACGAUUAGAAAAGGAAAAGAAGGAUUGCGUUCGACAAUACGAAGAAAAAAUUUCACUCCUUCAAUCAGGUCAAACACAACAAUGCAAUCAUGAUGGCGACGAGCAAGAAAAAGCAUCCCUCAAAAAACUCAUUCAGGAAAAGGAAAAAGACAUUGAGUGGAUUCAAGCUCUCUCCAAAAGUAGUCAGCAACGAUUUGAUGAAGAAAUCAAACAACUUCAACACACUCUCUCAACCACCAUUGAAAACUCCAACCAUACAAUUUCUUCCAUGAAACUAGAGCAAGAGAAGAUCAUUGCUCAGUUAAAGCAAGAACAUGAAAACGAGUUGACAAUGUUAAAAAGUGCUCAUCAAACACAAUUAGAAGAAUUGACUCUUCAACUCUCUCAGAAAUAUGAAAAUGAAAAACAAGAAACUUUAAAUUCACACCAUGCACUAGUGUGUGAAUUGAAGAAACAAAUUUCAUCUUUACAGGAACGAAUUGAAGAGAUGGAAAUUUGUAAGGAGGGUUUGGAAGCUCAAAUUCAAACUCUUAAUGAAAAUUUGGAAAUGAGUCUUCAUACUGACAAAUUGAACCAACAAAAUUUUGUAAAUACAAAUACCGAAAUGGAAAAUCUACAACAACAAUUGACACAUUUAACACAUUCCCACAAACAAGAGGUUCAAUCGCUUCUAGAGACCAUUGAAAAGCUGCAGAGUGAGAACCAAUCUAAAGAAUUCGAAACGAGUUCUCUCAAAGAAGCCGUCGAUUCUCUGUCACAAUUAUUGAAGCAAAAAGAAGAGGAAAUGGAGGAGCUUGAAUAUGAUUUUGGAUUGCUACAAAGUCAAUUCAAACAGCAAGAGCAAAAAUUGGAAUCAUUCAUGAGGCCUCUUCAAGAAGAGGAUGCUACCAAGUCGACGUCUCACCUCCACUUGGAGGAGCUUCUACAACAAAAGGAUCACUACAUUUCUCAAUUGAAAGAUGAAAUUACUCUCAAAGAACAAGCUUUUAAACGAGAAAUUGAUGACGCUGUCGAAAAAAUUAAGGAGCUUGAGGAAGAGAAGGAGAGUAUUGUGACAGGAAUGUCGAGCAAACUUGAGGAAAUGAAUCGUCUGUUGGUGGAAAAUAAGGCUCUUCACAAGCAAAAUGAAGAGCUAAAAUCCAAGAUUGAGUAUGGAAAGGCACGAUCUCAGCAACGACUCAUGGAAGAGAGGAAACGAAAGGAGGCACCUCCUUUGACUCCUCAUGAUUGUAAUGUCAGCGGUAACAGCACUCCUUGUAGCCAAGAAUUUAAAAAGUGCAAACUCACACCAUCCACACCUCCUUCUCUAAACAACCAUUCAGCAACAGCAACAACAACCACACAGCCCUCAUCCAAACAUUUCACUCAUCACUAUUUUAUGAUGAACACAAGCUUAGAAAAGCUCGAAGAAUCUUCAUCCUCGAAUGCCAUGACGAUGAUGAAUAAGGAAAAUAAAAUAAACUAA